UGUUCUGUUAAAAAAUAAAUAAAAGAACAACAAUUCAUUUAAAGUUUCACCUCAUAGUAUUUAAAUAACACAAAGGCAAGGAGAGUCGCAAAGAACAAAUGUGUGGGGUCUGCCCCUGGUGGAAGAGUGGAGGAAAGGAUGGGAUGUACAAAGGCCACAGUGAUUAUUAAAUAGCAGUUGCCUGCAACCACCCUGUCCGCUUCACAAGCCUUCACCUACACCCUUGAAACCCGAGUUGAUGGUGAGGCCUUUGGAGCAGUCAUAGCAUGAUACUUCAGUUGUUGGCAAAAAGUUGGUCAACUUCUGAAAUUUAAAGGGCAUCACCAUAGCGUGUCAGGUGGACAAGCUGGCGAUGUCAAGGGUGCCGACCCCUCCUCCACCUGGAGAGAUGUCCAGUGGGCCUGUGGCUGAAAGCUGGUGUUACACACAGGUGAAAGUAGUCAAAUUUUCUUAUAUGUGGACUAUAAACAACUUCAGUUUUUGUCGGGAAGAGAUGGGGGAGGUUCUAAAGAGUUCAACAUUUUCUUCUGGGCCUAAUGAUAAAAUGAAAUGGUGCCUGAGAGUAAACCCAAAGGGAUUGGAUGAUGAGAGCAAAGACUAUUUAUCAUUAUAUUUAUUGCUAGUUAGUUGUCCAAAAAGUGAAGUAAGAGCAAAGUUUAAGUUCUCUUUGCUGAAUGCCAAGAGAGAAGAAACAAAAGCUAUGGAAAGCCAAAGAGCGUAUCGAUUUGUCCAGGGCAAAGACUGGGGCUUCAAAAAAUUUAUUAGGAGAGAUUUUCUGCUUGAUGAAACAAAUGGCCUUUUACCAGAUGACAAGCUUACAUUGUUUUGUGAGGUAAGCGUAGUCCAAGACUCUGUUAAUAUUUCUGGCCAGUCAAAUAUGAACAUGUUAAAGGUUCCAGAGUGUCGGUUAUCAGAUGAUUUAGGGAAUCUUUGGGAAGGUUCACGAUUUACAGACUGCAGCCUUUAUGUAGGAGGACAGGAGUUCAAAGCACACAAAUCCAUUUUAGCAGCUCGAUCUCCUGUUUUUAAUGCAAUGUUUGAACACGAAAUGGAAGAAAGUAAAAAGAACCGUGUAGAAAUAAAUGACGUUGACCCUGAUGUGUUUAAGGAGAUGAUGAGAUUCAUUUACACAGGGAAGGCACCAAAUCUUGAGAAAAUGGCUGACAACUUGUUGGCUGCUGCAGAUAAAUAUGCAUUGGAACGUCUGAAGGUUAUGUGUGAAGAAGCUUUGUGUAGCAACCUCUCAGUCGAAAAUGUUGCAGAUACCCUCAUACUAGCCGAUCUACACAGUGCAGAACAGCUCAAAGCACAAGCAAUAGACUUCAUCAACAGGUGUAGUGUCCUUAGACAGCUUGGCUGCAAAGAUGGAAAAAACUGGAAUAGCAACCAUGCAACAGACAUAAUGGAAACUGCAGGCUGGAAAUCGAUGAUCCAGUCCCAUCCUCAUUUAGUAGCAGAGGCCUUUCGAGCACUAGCAUCUGCACAGUGUCCACCUUUUGGCAUCCCACGCAAGCGGCUAAAACAAUCCUAACUGCUAAAAAGAACAUUAGAGACUAUUAAAAACUGACUUUGAAAGGUCUAAGGUAUGUUUCUGGCCUCAUGAACCUCAUGAAAAAGAUUAACAUUUUCUGGUUGGUUGCAGUAAUCUUUGUACUUGGCACACUGGCUCGACUUCACUUCAACCGAUGGAUCAGUUCAGUUUUGGUCUUCAGCUUUAAAUUAGUUUACAUACAAUGUUUGCCAUCAUUUGAUAUGGCCUUAAACAAUCUGCUAUUGCUCCAAGAAUUUAUGUUGUGUAUGUCUCUAAUUGUGCGUGCCUGCCGCCUUUUCACUGAGACAAGGCUUUGCCAGAUUGCACUAGCUCCCAUAAUGCAGUAAAUUUAUAAAGUUGUACUUUAAAAAAGCUUUUAUUAAAUUGUUGAGAAAGCUCUCUUUUUGUUUUUUUUGUUUUUUUUUUCUCUUACCUUAAAUGUUUUUGUACAGCUAUUUGUUCAUACAGGCAUGAAUGUUUUAAAGGGGCAUUUAUUUGUUUAUUUUUACUGCGGCUUAUCAGAUUAACUGAUGUGGCAUAAAUAUUACUGCAUAUAUAAUAUUGAAUUUUCAUCGAAAGAUCAAAUUAACCAGGUAAUGGAUGAUGAUGGCUGGAUUCUCAUAACUAGAAAAUAAUUUAAAUACAGUAUUUGUGGCUGGAGUACAUGUUUAAUUGAAAUGGCAGAAACUAGCUGUACUCCUGAAAAAGGUUUUGCAGUAGCUUUACCUUGACAGAUUGUUGGUGUAAUUUCAACUAGAUGGAAGCUUUGAAGUCAUGAAUGUUAGCAUAGGUCCUCUUUCAUCAACAUGUCAUUUUCUCAGUUGGAAUUCUGUUGAAAUAAGGUACCUAUUAUUUCUCUUUAAAAGGUAUGGAGUGGUGUUGGAACAUUGUUGCCAGUGUGACUCAUUGUGUUGCCAUCAUGUAGUCCUUGAGGAUUGUAUGUACAUAUGCCUAACCAAGAUUGAGACAAAUUAAUCUGGUUACUGUAUAAUGAAACAGGGCUGGUGUGUAAAAUAGCACAGACUUCAAUUUUUCUGACAGGCCAGAUCUGAGACUAUUCUAUGAACCUGUGAAUGUAUCUUGCUGUGUUUGGCAAACGAUUUAAUAGAAGACCAGUAAGACCAUGUAGAACUGGAAAUGUAUGGGCUGCUGUAAUAACCUGGCAGUGGUAUACUGUUUUUUUUGUUUGUUUUUUUUCCCCUCUUGUGUCCAUUUGUAAGAUAGCAACUUUUGUUUAAUGGAAGUUAGCCAGAUCGGUGACUGUGUUUGAACAGUUUGCUUUCUGAUGAGUUUUUAGUUUAUUAAGACACUGAAAAUACUAAAAAUUAACUUGCAUUAUGGGAAUUAUCGUAAUUCUGGUUCGUACGUCCCAGUUAAGCCAGUGGUUUAAUAUGAAGUAGGUUUGUUUACCAUAUGUACGUUAAGUUUGUUUAUUUUCAUGCUUUUUACAUAUUUUUGUUGCUUUCCGAUCCAGAUAAAUUGCAGGCCCUGUUAUUACUAGUGAACUUAUUUAACCUUGACCAAUAUACUAUGUGGCAGGGCUCAAUAUGGUCUAGAAGCUACACAUUUAGCAAAGACAAAACUGAUAUAAAGUUAUAUAGUAAAAGGCUUGUAACGUCUCAAUCUAUGGAAUUUUCUAUUUUUUCUUCCAGGACUAGGAACAAUGUUUUGUUUAGUUUGUUACAGUGUAUAUUAUGUUGUUCAUUCAAGUGACUGGUUCUGAGUGUGACAUUCUGUAUGCCCUUUACCCUAGUAAAGAAUAAAAAGCUGUAGCCCAAUUACCUGGAUUUGCAUGGGCGCAAGAGCUUCUUUUUUUUUUUUGUUUUUUGUUUGGCCAUAGUGCCAGAAUUGCUACAAACCUUUAGGAUGCUGAGCAUCUGUUUCCUGGUGGUUGUAAAAAAUACAGCUGUGGGUUUACUUUAUAUGCAGCAAUUUUUCUUGGGUAACACAGAAUGGAGUUUAACUCCAGUAUAAGUUAUAGUUUAUUAUUAAUUUAUUAUUAAUUUAUUAAUUACACACAUACUGGUAUACACAAGUAUUCAAAUUAAACAUGUAUACAUAAUUUACCUGACACCCAACUGGUAAAGACACAUUUUAGAAAGUCUUAUUGAUGUGAAAACUGAUAUGUUUUCUAGGGAUGAACUGAUCUUUUAAGCUUUUAUUGAAUAAUGUAUAUGAAUGUCAUCUUAAAGGGUACAUAAGGACCUUUUUAUUUUAUUGUGUUACAUGUUCCCAUGGCACGGAAUGCAAUGUUAACAUUUAAAAAUGUGGUCAAAAUGUAGAACAAAAAAAAAAUUAAAACAAUAGACACACCUUACGUAAACAGUUAUAGCAACACAUGGGAACAUGUAACACAAUAAAAUAAAAAGGUCCUUAUGUACCCUUUAAUUGUUAUCAAACACUUACUUAAAGUAAAAUGUCCUGAAUUAAAAGAAUAUAGAGAAAGGAUUAUAAGCUACAACAUUAAGUAGGUUUACAUGGUUGGUUGUGUCAUGAAGUAGCUUAAGGUAUCAUCACUUCCCUCACAAUAUUACAAAGUACAGUAUAUUUACUGUAGUCCCUUUUUAUUAGAAUAAUAUUUAAUAGAAGAGCUUGAUGGUCUCUUACAUGUGUUUAUAUUGGAAAAAUAAACCGUUUAAAAUUACUUUGCCAUGUGAGAUAUUAAUUGCAGUAGGAAGCGGGGAAAAAAAAAAAAAAAAAGAUUAAUUGAAGGAAAUUAGCUGCCCGUGCCAUUAAUUCAGAA